GCCUCGUCCAUCAUGUCUUUCCGGCCAAUGCUUCAGCAGCGGGCUGUGGCCCCCCUCGCGGCCACUCUUCUGGCUGGCGGUCUCACGCUCUAUCCCCGGCGGACGGCCUUUGCAGAGGAGCCCCAGGACGCGAAAAAACCCAUCUACGAUGACUUCCCCACCGAGAUCCCGGCCGCCGCUCCCAAGCCCGUUCUCCGCUCGGUCCCUACGCCGGUGUCCGCGCCCUCGUCUUCCUCGUCCCCGACUCCCACCGACAUCCUGACGGCCCAGGUCCGCCAGGCCCGGCUGUUCCUGUACCAGAACUCCCUGGCGGUCGAGACCUGCUUCAACAACUUCCUGUCCCGGGCGCUGCACAUCGAGAACGCCUUCACCAACACCGUCGCCUCGCUGGCCCCGUCGCCCGAGUCCGGCGAACGUCUGCUCCCCGGCGGAGUGUACGUUGUCGUGGCCGCCAUGGCCGGAUCCAUUGUGGCCCGGAACCGCGGCGUGAUUCUGCGCACGGCGUCGCCGCUGGCGCUGGGCACGGUUGCGGCGUGGACCCUGCUGCCGGUGACGAUGCGCAACGUGUCGGAUCUGGUGUGGGAGUACGAGAAGCGGGUGCCGGCGGUGGCCGACACGCAUCUGCAGGUGCGCAGCCAGGCCGAGCACCUGUGGUACACGGGUGUGGCGCACAGCGGGAUGGCGCGGGCCAUGAUGGAGGAGAAGAUCGGAGAGGCACGGAAGAAGCUGGAGGAGGUGGUGAGCAAGGGUCAUUAGCGGGUGGCCAUUCUGUGAUUAAGUUCUUGCAUAUGUACUUUAGUAGAUGAGUCUACUGCAGCUGAUAGCUGAUACAUCAUCCACCAUUCAA